AUGCCUGCUGAGGGGAAUCGCGCACCAGACAACCUUACUUUCACGACCAUCCUGAACGCAUUUCGCAUGAAGGUUAUUAGCCAGCGAGACAUGCCUGAAAAGGACCUUUUAAAAAUGAAAGAGAAAAUUAUAGCUAGUGCGCAUCGAAUGUGGGGGGACAUCUAUACUCGUUGGCGCAAAGGAGAUAUAAUGGUCGAUGAAGAGCUUGUCUGUGCUAUGGGCCGGACAUUACUACUUGGUUCAGAAGAAGACAACGAUGAUGUUUUGUCCCUUGUUCAGCAGACAAUGAACAUUCGACGCCAAGUACCUCAGCGAGGUACAAAAUCUCGAAAGAAGAUUGAACCGGGACUACAAGGGCAGUCCAGACCUGAUGACAAUAAGGGAUUAGCCGAGAUAGAAGGCGGUGAUAUCGAUCCUCCUAAAGAUCUCGAAAACAUAUUUUCUAGCUACGGAACUGCAGUGGCUUCAUUGCCCAAGUCGCAUGUAUACGCUACUCCAGGACCAAACACAUUAUCUAUGAUAAUGAAGGCAUUACUAAAAUUAUCUAAAAAGGACGCUGCAACAAAAUAUUGGCAACUUUUCACGAAAGAGUUGGGUGUUGUACCUGAUGCGGAUAAUUACCACAGAUAUCUGAGAAUCCUCCGAGUCUCCCGAUCGAGUCGAGAGGUCCUGGAACUUUUACAAACAAUGCCCAAGAAACCUUGA